AUGUCGUUCCUGUCUUCCUAUACCGAUCGACUGCAAGAUGGGAGGGUAGCACUCGCUGCUGCUGCCGGAACGGCCUCCUUCCUCUAUCUUGUCUCCAACCUUCGUCUGCGUUCCAACUAUCCCAAGAUCCUCAAAGCGCCUGCCAAGAUCCACGAACCGCCCUAUCCUGCCGACAUCUUCCCAAACGGGUCUGAUCUCGACACACCUUAUGGUAAGAUCCGCUACUACGAGUUCGGCCCUGAAGGUGGCAAGAAGCUGCUCUUCGUACACGGCAUCUCGACACCCUCUCCUGCAUGGAGCUUAAUCGCGCCUCACCUGAUCAAAGCAGGCUAUCGGAUCCUGUGCUACGACCUGUUCGGUCGAGGCUACUCCGACUCUCCCCAAGUGACGCACGAUGCAGCGCUCUUCGUCUCCCAGAUCGCGCUCCUCCUCGCCCACCUGCCACACUGGGAUCGCUUCGACUUGUGCGGAAUGUCGCUUGGCGGACCCAUCGCCUCUCACUUUGCACACUACUUCCCACAGCGCGUGGACCGUCUCAUCCUCCUCUGUCCCGCCGGCGGAACCCCCAACGCCGACCUGCGUCCCGCCGUCAAACUCAUCCGUUCCCACCUCCUACCCAACUUUAUUCUUCAAAAACUCCUCCGCUUCGUCCCCUUACUGCCAACACCACCCAAAGGAUCGCUCGCAUGGUGGCAGGCGCAAUAUCAUCCCGGCUACAAAUUCAGCUUCGCCUCGAGCUUGCAGGACGGUCCGAUCUUCAACAGUCAGGAUGUUCAUCGUGCCGUGGUACGAGAUUUUGGUAGUAAGUUGAGGGUGAUUUGGGGUGACAAGGAUGACGUCGUUCCGAUGAACACGGUCAAGUACUUUGGACAGCUCGAUCUGGCGGUGAUCGAAGGCGGUGGGCAUUUCGUCGUGUUGACUCAUCCUGAAGCUACGGCGCAGCUCAUGUUGGACUUCUUGGGUGCUGGGAAGUGA